UCGCCGAGUAAGGCCGGCCCUUUCGGCCCUUUUCCGCAUUCUUGCUCUCUUCAACCCGAUCGACUCUGUGGGAAGCGAUCGGAUGGCGUUGCCGAAUCAGCAGACCGUUGAUUACCCUAACUUUAAGCUUGUUCUCGUCGGCGAUGGCGGAACCGGCAAAACUACGUUUGUGAAGAGACACCUUACUGGUGAAUUCGAGAAGAAGUAUGAGCCCACUAUUGGUGUUGAGGUCCAUCCAUUGGAUUUCUUUACCAACUGUGGGAAGAUCCGCUUCUAUUGCUGGGAUACUGCUGGCCAGGAGAAGUUUGGUGGCCUCAGAGAUGGUUACUAUAUCCAUGGCCAAUGUGCUAUUAUCAUGUUUGAUGUCACUGCCCGGCUAACAUACAAAAAUGUCCCAACAUGGCAUCGUGAUCUAUGCAGGGUUUGUGAAAAUAUUCCAAUCGUGCUUUGUGGUAACAAGGUAGAUGUGAAGAAUAGGCAGGUUAAAGCGAAACAAGUUACAUUUCACAGGAAGAAGAACCUUCAAUACUAUGAAAUUUCAGCAAAGAGCAACUAUAACUUUGAGAGGCCAUUCCUUUAUCUUGCUAGGAAACUUGCAGGGGAUCCGAACCUCCAUUUUGUUGAAUCACCUGCCCUUGCUCCUCCGGAGGUGCAGAUUGACCUGGCCGCACAACAACAACAUGAAGCAGAGCUAGCUGCAGCUGCUGCUCAACCUCUCCCUGACGACGAUGAUGAUAUUUUUGACUAGAUUUUUGCUGUAAUUAAUGUGUAGUAAAAAAAAAAAAGAGGUAUUAGACAUGUUUUGUGUUGAAUUCGUCAAAGAAAACAUUUCAAUCUCUAAAUGGCCACUGAGCGAAACUCCUGAUUGUUGUCAUACGUGGUAGUAUUGUUGAGUGUGGUUGCUUCAUGGACAAAAUUACUUUUGAUUGCUUUUA